AUGUCAUUUCAUCAAGCAUCUUUCAUGGUUUAUAAUGAUCUGGAAGUAAUCCCCUCUCCAUCGAUAGCUACAUUCUCAAAGUUGAACACACUUGGUGUUCCUGUUGGUGAUAUGGAGGUUCUGGAAGUGAGCUUUGGUGAACAGGAGGCGCUUUCACUUCUCAAAGCUUGUCUCACCUCAACAUCAGCUUUACCUCAUAUGCUGAAUGCAUCUAAGAAGAAAACAAAGGUGGAAUCAUCAACUUGA